CAGGGCAAACAGAAAUCGAUAAUAUGGACCUUGAACAUUUUUUGACUUUUCUGAAUUGGACACUAUUGAUACUAGUGCAUUGAUCUCAGAUAAAUAUGGAGGUGGCAUCAAUGGAUGAGGAUGUUUCAAUAGACUUAGGCUCUCACACUGAUCUUAUGACCUUUGACACCACCACAAACACUGCAGUUAAUUAUGAUGGAAGUGAAACAAAGACAAUCAAAAUCAUUAAAGUGUCAGCAACCACAGAGUCAUUACCUUUUACAAUGAAGGAUGUAUCUACAGGGACAAAACUUGGAAACUUUCCAGAGCUCAGACUUACAGAGGAGGAGAAAGACCUUCUGUCAAAAGAGGGUGUAAAUAUACCCACAGAUAUGCCACUUACCAAAGAGGAAGAAAGAGCUCUUAAAGCAGUUAGAAGAAAGAUUAGAAAUAAGGUAUCAGCGAAGGAAAGUCGAAAACGUAAGAUGGACUAUGUUGAUGGAUUAGAGAAAAGAGUGAAGAAAUGUACUCAGGAAAAUCACACAUUACAUAAGAAAGUUGAUCAACUUGAAAAACAAAAUGUAACAUUGUUAAACCAGUUAAAGAAACUACAGACAAUAUUGAGUCUGAAAUCAACAAGAACAGCUCAGGCAUCUACAUGUGUUAUGGUUCUUCUGUUAUCAUUCGCAUUUUUGAUAGUUCCAAACUUUAACCCAUUCCGUGACAGUGACUCAAUGGAGGACCUUAAGGCUGUAAAGAUGCCUGGAAACUCCAGGAAUCUGCUUCACAAAUCAGGGGAUGACCUCCUACCUGGAGAUGAUAACCCAUAUGGUAUCACUGUAAAACCAGCUGAAUUCUGGGAACAACCACCAAAAACCCCUGUCCUGCCAGAAUUUGGUAAAGCUGUAAUUCAGGAUUUAGAAAUUGAUGGAGACGAUGAGAUAGAAAAAGAGACGUUAAAUACUAACAAUCAAGAGAAUGUUGUAUAUGUGCAAAUAGAGAAAUCUGUUGGUGGGGUAGAUAUGGAAUCAAAUGUUACAUAUGUUUCAAGUGAGGCAGAAUAUAACAAAGAUACAAUGUCAGAAUCAAAUGAAAGUCCAGUGGAAGCAAACACAAAUAAAGGAACAAAACGGAAGCAUGACCUUUAGCCAGGGUUUUAAUUGUUGUUAAAAGACCCAAAUAUUUUUGAGAUUUUUGUAUUUGUUAUGAUAUUUGUACAAAUGUGAUAUUGUCUAGUGUUUGUGUUGAUUGAAAUGAUGACAUUUCUAACAAGUUACAAACUCUGGUUUACACAUAAGCAGCAUAUAAGGAAGUGAUAGGUACAAUGGCUAGUAAGUCAGGCCUUUACCAUAGCACAUAAAUUAUAUUAGCUACUACUCAAAGCCUGACAACCUGUAGCAACCAAUAUGUUAUCAACCAGUUGUAUACUUAAAUACUGUACUGUGUCAAUCAGAACUGGCCUCAUCUAAAUGCAUGCUUUGUAGAUAUGUGCAAGGUUUCUAUCCUUUCCAGGUAUGUUGUUACAAAAUAUCAGAAAGUUGUGAACUUAAUUUAAAGAAUGCAUAAUAUAAAGUUACAUUUAACAUUUUCAUUUGUAACAUGUGUGGCAAAAAUUCAUUCAAUGUAUACAUGAUAUGCUUUAUGUCAUGUUAUUUUUAAAAUUCGAAGGAAUUUCUGUGCAAGAUAGAAAGUGUAAUACUAUAAUAGUAAAUAGAGUGUGAUAUAUCUAGUUACUUUUGAUGACAUAAAUAUUUCGCAUGUACUUGAUGCUUGUUUGAUCACUAUUAUGUAAGGAAUGAAUCUUUUAGCAUAAAAUAAAAGCAAUUUCACUUUUGUUAUAGGAUAUUUAAUCUACAGAUCUUCUGUACAUGUACAGAGCAUGAAAGAAUUGUUUAAAAAGCAUGAAUGUAUCGAGUAAUCUGGUCCCUUACAUUCAACUCGAGUUAUUUAUCUUAAAAAAAAAAAAUGAGACUUUAGCAACAUAUCAUGUUUCAUGUUACUUUACUAACUGAAUGAGAUCAAUAAUACAAAGUCAGAAGCCAUAUCAUCAUUAAACUUAGUGUAUGAGAACUAACCUGUAUAUUAAUUAUAUGAAGUGAGGAACGAAUGAUUUCAAAUUCUUAAAAUUUGGACAAAGUCAUGAACAAAUUAUGAUUGCCAAACUAGUCUUAUAUUUUAUAUCAUAUUUCUAAUUGUAGGAGUAUGUAUAUCAGUUUAUGGCAUGCAUCAGUGUUACAUUAAUA